AUGGCAAAACCUUUAGAUCACAUCAAAAGACCCAUGAAUGCUUUCAUGGUGUGGUCCAGAGGCCAGAGGAGGAAAAUGGCCCAGGAAAACCCAAAGAUGCACAACUCCGAAAUCAGCAAGAGACUCGGCGCGGAGUGGAAGCUGCUGUCCGACUCCGAGAAACGUCCGUUCAUCGACGAGGCCAAGAGGCUGCGGGCUCAGCACAUGAAGGAGCACCCGGACUACAAGUACAGACCCCGGCGCAAACCCAAGAGUCUUCUGAAGAGGGACCGUUUUGUUUUCCCGUUGCCGUCUUUACUCGGAGACACAGCGGAGCAUUUGAAGGGAUUUUCCAUGGACUCCUUUCUCGUCCCCGGGGAUAAAGCCAGAGCGUUCCUCGCUCCCGUCUCCUCCCCCUCUUCCUUCUCGCUGCUGGAGCCGGUGGCGCAGUUCGGCUCAGGAGCUGUCCAGCGGAUGGCGGAGAUGCCGCACGCCCUGGCUGCGGGCGUGCUGCCCUACAGCGCGCACACGUUUGGAUACCAGACUGGAGGGAUUGGGGGUCUGGCUUGCCACGGACAGCACACCCACACUCACCCGUCACCCUCCAGCCCGGGGUACGUGGUGCCGUGUAACUGUAGCGCCUGGUCUGCUGCCAGUUUACAGCCUCAGGUUGCCUAUAUUCUCUUCCCCGGAGGGAUGACCAAGAGCGGCAUGGACUCGUACACUUCAACCAGCUCCAGCGUGUGA